GUGCAUUCUGCUUCCUCUUUUGGGAAUGAAGCCCCCGCAGCAGAGCCUCUUCCUGCUUGUAGACUCAGUUGACGAGGGCUGCAACGUUUCCGAGGGUGAACAGACUUCUACAAGCUUAUCUGGGACGAUAGCGGAGCUGUUGGCUGGCCACUUCGAGUUCUUCCCUCCUUGGUUGCUCCUUCUAUGUUCUGCCCGCAAGCAGAGCAAAGCUGUUACAAAAAUGUUUACAGGUUUUAGAAAAAUAAGUCUGGAUGAUCUACGAAAGGCAUACAUUGUGAAAGAUGUGCAACAGUAUAUUUUACAUCGUUUAGAUCAGGAAGAAGCACUGAGACAACAUCUCACAAAAGAAACUGCAGAAAUGCUGAAUCAGCUCCACAUCAAAAGCAGUGGUUGCUUUUUGUAUCUGGAACGUGUCCUAGAUGGAGUUGUGGAGAAUUUUAUUAUGUUACGAGAGAUCCGUGAUAUUCCGGGAACGUUAAAUGGCCUAUACCUUUGGCUCUGUCAGAGACUUUUUGUGAGAAAACAGUUUGCAAAAGUCCAACCUAUUCUGAAUGUGAUUCUCGCAGCCUGCAGGCCGUUAACCACAACAGAAUUGUAUCAUGCAGUGUGGACCAAAAAUAUGACGUUGACUAUGGAAGAUUUUCAACGCAAAUUGGAUGUCCUGUCAAAAGUCCUCAUUGAUGGACUUGGAAAUACAAAAAUCUUGUUUCAUUACAGCUUUGCGGAAUGGUUGCUGGAUGUAAAGCACUGUACACAGAAAUACUUGUGCAAUGCAGCAGAAGGACACAGAAUGCUGGCAAUGAGUUACACCUGCCGGGCAAAGGAUUUAACGCCCUUAGAAGCUCAAGAAUUUGCCUUGCAUCUAAUUAACUCAAAUUUACAGUUAGAGACGUCAGAGCUGGCUUUGUGGAUGAUAUGGAAUGGCACGCCUGUCAAAGACUCCCUGUCGACCCUCAUUCCUAAAGAACAAGAAGUGUUACAGCUCCUGGUGAAAGCUGGCGCUCACGUCAACAGCGAAGACGACCGCACGUCUUGCAUCGUGCGGCAGGCUCUGGAAAGAGAAGACUCCAUUCGCACCUUGUUAGACAACGGGGCGUCGGUCAACCAGUGCGACUCAAAUGGGAGGACGCUCCUAGCCAACGCGGCGUACAGCGGCAACCUCGAUGUCGUUAACUUGCUGGUUUCGAGGGGAGCGGAUUUAGAGAUAGAAGACACUCACGGGCAAACAGCACUUACCCUCGCUGCACGGCAGGGGCAUACCAAGGUGGUGAAUUGCUUGAUCGGAUGCGGAGCUAACGUUAAUCACACUGAUCACGACGGCUGGACAGCACUGCGGUCUGCGGCGUGGGGUGGGCACACCGAGGUGGUUUCUGCGCUCCUUUAUGCCGGAGUCAAAGUGGACUGUGCGGAUGCCGAUAGCCGAACAGCGCUGCGAGCAGCAGCCUGGGGAGGGCACGAAGAUAUCGUGCUGAACCUGCUCCAACAUGGUGCUGAAGUUAAUAAAGCCGAUAACGAGGGCAGAACUGCUUUGAUUGCAGCUGCGUACAUGGGGCAUAAAGAGAUAGUGGAGCACCUGCUGGACCAUGGUGCAGAGGUGAACCACGAGGAUGUGGAUGGAAGGACUGCACUGUCAGUUGCUGCGCUUUGUGUACCGGCUAGCAAGGGGCAUGCAUCGGUGGUUAGUCUUCUGAUUGACCGGGGUGCUGAAGUCGACCACUGCGAUAAAGACGGCAUGACUCCGCUGCUGGUAGCUGCUUAUGAAGGACACGUAGACGUUGUUGAUCUACUUCUGGAAGGAGGAGCAGAUGUUGAUCACACGGAUAACAAUGGUCGUACGCCGCUUCUGGCAGCAGCCUCCAUGGGCCACGCUUCAGUUGUAAAUACUCUCUUAUUUUGGGGUGCGGCUGUUGAUAGCAUAGAUAGUGAAGGGAGAACAGUUCUGAGCAUAGCCUCUGCACAAGGCAAUGUUGAAGUAGUACGGACUCUGCUGGACAGGGGGCUAGAUGAAAAUCAUAGAGACGAUGCAGGCUGGACACCUUUGCAUAUGGCAGCUUUUGAAGGUCACAGGUUGAUAUGUGAAGCUCUUAUAGAACAAGGUGCUAGAACAAACGAAAUUGAUAAUGAUGGACGUAUACCUUUCAUAUUAGCUGCACAAGAAGGUCACUAUGAUUGCGUGCAGAUAUUACUAGAAAACAAAUCCAACAUUGAUCAGAGAGGCUAUGAUGGGAGAAAUGCUCUCCGGGUUGCUGCUUUAGAAGGUCACAGAGAUAUAGUUGAACUACUGCUCAGCCAUGGAGCAGAUGUAAACUACAAAGAUGCUGAUGGCCGGCCAACACUUUAUAUUUUAGCAUUAGAAAACCAACUCACGAUGGCUGAGUAUUUUUUAGAAAAUGGUGCAAACGUAGAGGCAAGUGAUGCUGAAGGAAGAACAGCACUCCAUGUUUCCUGCUGGCAGGGCCAUUUGGAGAUGGUACAGGUGCUGAUAACAUACCAUGCCGAUGUGAAUGCUGCAGAUAACGAGAAGAGGUCUGCGUUGCAGUCUGCUGCAUGGCAAGGUCAUGUGAAGGUAGUGCAGCUUCUAAUUGAGCAUGGAGCUCUGGUCGAUCAUACGUGUAACCAAGGUGCUACUGGACUCUGCAUUGCAGCCCAAGAAGGGCACAUUGAUGUUGUCCAAAUAUUACUUGAGCAUGGUGCUGAUCCAAAUCACGCCGACCAGUUUGGACGCACUGCUAUGCGUGUCGCAGCUAAAAAUGGACAUUCUCAGAUUAUUAAAUUACUGGAAAAAUAUGGUGCAUCUACUCUGAAUGGCUGUACUCCGUCUCCAGUCCACACAAUGGAGCAAAAACCCUUACAGUCAGUCUCUUCUAAAAUGCAGUCAUUAACAAUGAAGUCAAAUAGUUCAGGGAGUACCGGUGGAGAUAUGCAACCUAGUAUGCGUGGCUUAUCUAAUGGGCCUGCUCAUGCAUUCAGCUCUCCUUCAGAGUCACCUGAUUCUACAGUUGACCGUCAGAAGUCAUCUUUGUCAAAUAAUUCCCUGAAAAGUUCCAAAAAUUCUUCUCUCCGUACCACAUCAUCGACCGCAACUGCUCAGACUGUGCCCAUCGAUAGUUUCCACAGCCUCUCCUUUACCGAACAAAUCCAGCAGCAUUCCCUGCCACGCAGCAGAAGUAGGCAGUCUAUUGUUUCUCCUUCUUCCACAACUCAUUCCCUAAGUCAAAAUCACAAUUCACCAAGUAGCGAAUUUGAAUGGAGCCAGGUGAAACCUAGUUUGAAAUCAACUAAAGCUAACAAAGGGGGGAGAACGGACAAUUCCAGCAAGUCUGGGUCAGCUGGAAAAAAAAUAAAACAAAGUGGUUCCUCCCAACCAAAAGUGUUAGAGUAUGAAAUGACUCAGUUUGAUAAACGAGUACCUAUUGCCAAAUCUGGGACGAGUGUGCCGCUCAAGUCAAUGCCGGCAGAAUCACAGUGCAAAAUUUUGGUCCCACCAGCUCAGCAAGAAAUUGGUCGAUCUCAGCAGCAGUUCCUAAUUCACCAACAGAGUGGGGAGCAGAAGAAGAGAAACGGAAUUAUGACAAAUCCCAAUUAUCAUCUUCAAAGCAAUCAGGUUUUUCUUGGUAGGGUUUCUGUCCCACGAACAGUGCAGGAUAGAGGGCAUCAGGAGGUACUGGAAGGCUACCCUCCCGCAGAGACAGAACUCAGCCUUAAGCAAGCCUUAAAACUUCAGAUUGAAGGUAGUGACCCGAGCUUCAACUACAAGAAAGAAACACCAUUAUAAAAGGUUAGUUCCAUGAUGCCACGAACAGAAGUGCUUCUGCUCCGAGUGAUUUAUCAGCUGGCUGGGAUGAAAGCAUUGAUGAAAACACCGAUGAAUGCUUGUUUAGUCCGCCUGGAAAUUCAAGAAUGUGAUUAUACCACAGUACAGUUACCUUAAUUACUGUAACGUGCCUACAUUUUCAGGCUGCCUUCUCUGUAUUACCCUCUGUGCUUCAAAAAUUUAUUUUAUGUACUUUGUAUUUAAUACACAGAAUGAGCACUUUUUUUUUUUUUUAAAUUGCAGAAAGAUACACGCGGUAUUUCCCUGACAACAGCUGAGAAUUGUAAGAUUGAGGAAUUUCUGAUUUCCAGAAUGCUUGGCAGAAAUGCAUGUGCCACAGUGAACUUUGUAUGAAAAGGCAGUGCUUUUUGUAUUUAUUUUCCUGUGGCUAAAGAAAAAAAAAAAAAAAGCAGACAGUGUGUCACAUUUGCAUUGGUGUAACGUAUGGUCAAUCUUUCCUGUGUACUUCAAGAAGUCCUCUUGAGAAAUGCAAAUCUUGUAGCAGUAUUUUAUAAAUACUGUACUUGUGUGUUCUGUCUAUGUAAUAGCUGUACUGUGGUAGCAAAGGGGUCAGACUGCAGCCAUCUGCAGUAUCUUUGGGAUUUUUAAGAAACAAAAUUCAGUGUCUGGUACCACAGCACCAAAUUUGGAUGGCAGCCUUUGACCGCUGGAAGAGAUGGGUAAAUUUGGUCUUGGACACCUGAUCUUAAAUAGCCUCAGUUAUUGUUAUGGUAAUGAGGUAACUGAAUAUGGGUAUUUCUUAGGUGCUAAUGUUAAAGGUCUGAUCCUGCUUUCAUGUACAUCUUUAUACAUUAGAAACAGCUCUUUAUUUUUCCAAGGUAGAGGACUGUAUUGAGAAUGUGUCGGUUAAACCAACCAUGGAAAAUACAGAAGCUUUGUUAAGCUGAGAGAAUAUGCAGUGAGAGUAUAAUGGAGAAAGAAAAGGUUAAUAAUACCAUUGUCUGUGGAGAACAAGGAUUACUGAGUUAGCCCUGUCCUGAGACAAUAACUCUUUAAAGCACAAACUUGUAUGAAUGUGGUUGCUGCUUCUGGUGGAUUAGGUAGUGCCUGUGUGUGUAUCUGUACCUGGAGUGUGGUUGGUCAGCAACCUAGAUAGUCCAUCUGUAGGUAACAGAAAAAUGAUUUCCCACUCUUACAGCAGAAAAAGAUUACUUAUAUAAAUGAGAGCAAAAUCAAGCCCGUUGUUGUGCAAGUGAACAGUAUGAAUUUUUCCUUUGAAUGUGCAUAUCUUAUUUGCACAGCUCUGAGUGAUAGAAUAAAACAAGUGAUUAUUUUCUCCUAAAAACGCAACCUAUAUUCUACUAUUCACCAUUACACAGCCUUGCUCUUUAGAAAAUAAGCCUAUUUUUAUACGUAUUUCUUCUAAAGGCUUGAGAUUCGUCUUUUUCAUACUCUAAUUCUGAUCAUUCCACAAAUAAGAAGAUAGAAAGCUGAGGUUAUUUUUCAUAGAGGAUUAAUUAGAUGUGUGGCUAUCCUUAAACUUUGAUAAAUGGCCCCUGGAUGUAUAUGUAGUGCAUAUUCUAAGGCACUAAAGGGCUCAGUGUCUUAUUAUCAUAACAUUUUCUUGUCAUCAGAAUAUCUUUUGAAGUGUUGGGUUUUUGUUGUUGUUGGUUUUUUUAUAUCUUGCACCUCCAUUCUUAUUCACUUGUUACUAAAUGUAAAAAGAAUCUUUUAUAGUCAGGCAUUCAGUGCAUAGUAAGAUUAAAUGUUAAAAGUUGACACACAGCAAUAUUGAUUAUUCUGAAUGUUUCAUGUAUUGAAUUCUUGUCCCUGUGGGACAAUUAUAAAAUAGACGUGACAGAAGUCUUGCAAAACGGCCUUAAGAGUGGCUCGGUAAAGAAAUAGUACCAAAAUGUUCUCAGCAAUCUUGUUCCAAACCUCAAGUACAGUCCAUUUGCAAUGCUGUGCAAGAAUAAAACUUUUCUUAGUUAGAUGUAUGUUUUGUUCUGUAGAAAGGGAUCCCUGAAUGCUGACAUUUUUCUACUGACCUUGACUGUCAUUGGGAUUAUAUUUAUUUAAUUUUAUUGUGUUAUUAAUUGCACCUUGUGGACAGAGGACGUAAAAAUAUGGCCAGUUUCACAAGGGGCCACCAUUUAUAGAUAGCCUGAUGGUUUUUGUGUGAAUAGUAUUUACAUUUGAAACAGCUGGUGGGGAAACCCUAUAUCCAAAUCAGCAGAAAGUAGACCUGCUGAAAAUAUUUUCAGAAGGAAAAUAACAAUGCUUACGGAUUUUGAACAUCACUUAGGAACAGAGCACGAAUCGCUUUAAAGCAUCUACUUUCUCAGAAGGUCUGUGUAAUUCCACAUUGCUGUCGUGUGUGAUUUUUAAUCUCAUCAUUUGUGAGGUUUCUGUGUGCAAAGGCAAGUCGCUGUUCCCCCGUUGUCCUCUAUGUCCUGCUCUGCUCCGUCACAUCCGUACGAUCAAGUGGAGGCGAAUGGAGUUGCAUAGCUGUGACUCAGCACGGCUGCUUCUGGCAAUGUACCGGUUCUCCCGACCCAAAAAGCCUGAAUAAAACACGAAUCCUCUUUCUUUUCAUCACAUUUCACUGGUCCUCCCAAGGUCGCCUCCACAAGACACCUAAAUCUCCUAACGGGAAAGCUAGAGAAAAGACUGUUUUGUGGACACUGGCAUCAAUACUGUAUGCAUGUGGAAAAACUCUUCAAAAGAGCAAUGCAUUAAGAGAUGUAGAGGCACAAUGAUGCAUCUUUGUCCUCUCUGUGAUCAGUAUUGAAAAGAUUACCAUUUAUUUAAAAAUAAGAAGGUAUUUUUCCCUCCUCAGUUACUCUGCUAUGCAAACAUCUGUAUUGCUUAAUAUUCCCCAUCUGAACUUCUCAGUUAACUUGGUUUGCAGAUAAGACUGUUUUUUUCCUGGAGUGGGUUGUAAAUAGCCUUUAAUGUACAUUGAAUGAAUUUCACAUUGUAAAAUUUUUAUUUUAUUCCUUGUAUUAUAUUAAGCGAAAAUCCCUGUGUAUAUGAAAGUGCAUAAUAAAUAUAUUUGCUUUUCAGCA